AUGCUCACCCGCGCCGCCGCCCCGCUUCCACGCACGCCCGCACCGCUGCACCGCUUCCACGCACGCCCGCGCCGCCACACCUGUUUGCACGCUGCCGGGCCCGGAGCUCGCCCCUGCCCUUGCCCCGACGCUCCGCCCGGAGCCCCCCGCACCGCACGGCCCCCGUCCCAUCGCCUGGCCACCCUGUCGCCUGCCUCGCCGCCCCGGCCCCGGCGCCCGCCUUGCCGCGCCGCCGCGUGCGACGCCGAGCCGUGCCGCGGUGGCCCGUGCGCCCCCGCCCCGUCGUGCUGUGCCGCGGCGCCCCGGCCCCAGCCCCUCCCCGUCGCAGGACCGCCCGGCGCCCGCAUCGACGCCCCAGGCCCGGCGCCCCCGCCCCGUCGCGUGACCGCCCAGCGCCCGCCUCAGUGCCCCAGGCCCGGCGCCCACCCCGACGCUCCCACGCUAGCGACGCUGGGCCGUGCUGCGGCGCCCCGCCCCUGCCCCGUCACCCGGCCAUGGUGCCCAGGCCCCGCCCCGUCGCCCGCCUCGACGCCCGGCCGCUCCGGUGCCCGCCACCCCACUGCGUCCCCACAGCUGCACCGCGGCCUCGACGCCCGGCCCCGGCACCCGGGCCCCGCGCCCACACCCGGCGCCCCUGACCUCGGUGCCCCGGCCGGCUCCGGGGCCCGUUCCCCCGCCCCGACGCCAAGCUGGCCCCCGGCCCGUGCCCGGCACCCUGCCACGUUGCCACGCCGGCCACGCUUUGGCUCCCCACUGUGGCGCCCCACCGGCCACACCUUGGCCGCGGGCGAACGCCACGCUUCCCCGGCCACCGACGAUUUGCCGUCCCGCCGUGGCUCAAGACCCGUUACACGGCGCCUCGGCCCCGGCAUCCCAUAG